CCUGCCCCGCACCAGGAACCCUGUGUUCCAACUUGAAAGCACAGAGGACCUGGCUAUAAGUGGGGGGGGGGCAGUAGCAUCCCCUCUCUGCAGGGUCAGGGCGAUGCUGGAGUCUCUGUGUCUGGCCAGCCCGUGCCAGCCCCUGUGCGUCACUACCCCCCAGGGACCCACAGCAGCUCUGCGCAGCCUCUCUAGCCAGGAAGAACAGUGUGGGGGAUGGGGUACGUGCUCCUUGGGCUAGGGAGGGACUGGCACACGUGGGGACAGUAGGACCAACAGUGGGCAGCUGGUGGGACACAGUUCAGACCCCAUCGUGUCCUGUGGCCCCGCAGCACGGGGGCACUGAGCACCCUGGGGAUCUGGGAGCUGCCACGGAGGGGCCUGACCCUGCCCUGUCCUCAAGGGGCACAAUGGCACCAGGGAGAGGGGACAUGUGCCAUGCACAGGGGACAGCAAGGACCUGUGCGGCCACCCAGGCUGCGCUCUGCAAGGCCACAGCCAGGCACCGGCAGCUGGUUCUGCAGCUCGGGGGCAGCGCUGACAGCCCACGGCUGCGGGAGGAGCGGCGCCGGAGCAGCAUGGAGGUCCGGGAGCUCAGCACUGGGCUGCAGCAGGUGUUGCUAGGGGGGCUGCGGCAGGCAGCUGUGAGCCCCGAGGAGCGGCGGGAGCUGGAGCGGCUGUGGGUGCUAUUCCUCUGUGCCCUGGAGCUGUUCCUGCAGGACCUGUGCCGCACCCAGCACCUCUGCCAGCUCUUCUCCGUGCAGGGGGGCGGCGCAGCCCCGCUGCGCACUGGGCUGGGGGGCCAGGGGCCGUCCAGCCGCAGGGGCAGCCGGCGAGGAGGGGGUCCCACACAGCCCCCAGCCGCCCCAGGCCUGGAGGAGGAGAUCGAGGAGGUGAGGGCCAUGCUGGCAGAGAUGGAGAGCAGAGCAAACAUCCCCCUGUGGACCGUGGAGCCCACACAGAUGGUGGGGACGGGUGGCACCACAGCCCCCAGGGUGGCUCAGGGCAGGGCUCACCUUGAGCAUUGCUGUAGGGUGCUCUGAGCAGGGGGGCAGGAGGGGCAUCAGCAUGGCUGGCACCCCCCCUCACACACCCAGAGCAGGGUCCUGUGUACCCCCACAGUUCCUGUCUUCCUACAAGGGGGCUGCCUUCACCCUGUGGAGGGGCUGAGACCAGCUCCAGGCACCCCAAGUGUUAAAUAAAGUCCCUGUUUUCCCACGG